GAGAGAGAGAGACAUGCUCAUAGACGGACGGUGACGACAGCGUUUGAUGCAAGAGCGAAAGACGGUAGGCGGACCGUUCAGAUAGGUCUGUUCGGGAUAGGAUACUAACUGCCACUUCACUUCACCUUGGCAAGAGCCAACACACCCGCCCGAAGCAGUAAAGUCAAGAGGGAGAUGGGAAGCGACACGUAAAGGCUCGUUUGACAAGAGUUCUUUGGAAAUCCCAGCAGUGACGCCCAGCUGAGUCAAACACAAAACCGCUCUGGGGUAGAAUAUCUGCUUUAAAUGAAUGGCGCCUUUCAUCAGCAUCUCCACAAGCGGCUCGUCGUCAGGGAUGCGGGACUCGCGAACAGCGGAGGAUCAGCGCGCCUGAAGCGGGAAUCACAGAGAGCUGUCCAGGGUCCUGAAGACGCGCUGCGCCAUGGGUAUACGCCACUUUCUGCUGCUGCUCAUUUAUCUGGACCCUCUCAACGUGUUUGGGACGCUGACUGCCAAACGACCCAAACCUCCUCCCAAAAGGAAUCAGAAGACGAAGGAACUGAACGGCACCACCGUCGCGCCUUCCGCGUCCACGCAGCGGAUCACGCAGGUCCGUCCGGCGGCCACGCACGACACCUGCCUGGGCUACUACGACGUGAGCGGCCAGUUCGACAAGGAGUUCGAGUGCAACAACACCGACCACCGCUACUGCUGUGGCUCGUGUUACUUGCGAUUCUGUUGCCAGUUUAAAGGCAACCGGUUGGAGCAGAGAACAUGCAAGAACUACCACAAGCCCGACUGGGUGAAAACUGUGCCCCCGUCUCCUGUUCCAACAGGUGACGCUUACGAUCCGAGCAUGGACCAAACGAACACCGCGGUCUACAUCACCUGCGGUGUCAUUGCUUUUAUUAUAGUCCUUGGGGUUUCCACUAAAGUCGCGUAUGACAAAGCAACGCAACCACCUCAGGAAAUGAACAUUCACAGAGCCCUAGCAGAUAUUCUUAGACAACAAGGACCCAUUCCUUUAUCUCAAUACGACUGUGAGAACUUUGCGGCGAUGAACAGCUCAUCCAAAGAUAACACUCCGCAGCGCGCGGGCUCCAAAAACCACUACACCCCAGUCCACAGCUCCAAAUCCAAUCACGGAGCACAUUACUCGAAGGAAAGCACUCGAGGUGGCGGCCAUGACCUUCACAACUUCAUAUCGUCAGGCUUUGUGACGCUUGGCCGGAGCCAAGUAAAAGGGGAGAAGCACUGGACGGUUCGGUCUCAGAGUCAUCAUGGAGCCCAUCAACAUAAUUACAACCAUCUUGGUCUCGGUAGCCCAACUCGAACUCCUAAAAAUGCUCACAGAUCUCUAAGGCAUGAGAGCACCCGGAUGAACAGUAUCCUCACCUCACAGACCGAGCCAUACGAUCUGUCCUUCUCGCGCUCCUUCCAGAGCCUCUCCCACCUCCCCCCGUCCUACGAAUCUGCCGUGAAAGCUGACCUCAACAAAUACUCCUCGCUCAAGAGACUAACGGAUAAGGACGUUGACGACUACUACACCAGGAAGAGGUAUCUUCCAGACCUAGCGGCACGAGGAACCCUUCCCUUGCACAUGAUCAAGAUGAACCAGGAGUCCCAGGGCAGCCAGCAGCAGCAGCAGGCUCAGCAACAGCAGCAGCAGCAGCAAGCGCCUCGCCAGCGUCCCCGCAGAGUUCAGAGGGCCAUGUCCCAGGACCGUGUGCUGUCCCCCGAGCGCAGCCAUGCAAACGAGUACCCCGUGUCCCCCUACGGCAUCUCCCCAUACGGUGGACGCAUACUCUCUGACGAGCAGCUCCUGUCAGCCGAGCGCCUGCGCUCCCACGAGCGGCUCAUUUCGCAGGACCGCCUGCACUCACAGGACCGCCAUUACUCCCAGGACCGCAUCCACAUGCAGGACCGCUUGUUGUCCCAGGAGCGCCUUCACUCUCAGGAACGCCUGCAUUCCCAGGAUCGCCUCUACUCCCAAGACCGUCUCCUCUCGCAAGACCGUCUUCACUCCCAGGAUCCGCUGAUCUCUCCUGACAGGAUGAUGUCCAUCAAGCGCUCCGGGUUCCACAGCGAUAAGUCCAUGUCUAGAGCCAUAUCCCACACGGACGUGUUCAUGCCCACCACGCCCCUUCUGGACCGCUAUAAGAUGACAAAAAUGCACUCCCAUCCCAGUGCCUCAAACAACACCCCGCCGCAGAACACUGCAACCAUGAAUCAGACGGCCUCCAAGAGGCAGGCCUUCGCCUCGCGCCGCACGCAGACGGUGGAGCAGCUACACUACGUCCCGCAACAACAGCAGCAGCAGCAGCAUCACCAUCACUACCGCACAGGGAGUAAGACUGAAGUGACUGUUUAACCGCUCGCAAACUCUCGUACAGUUAAGCCACAUGCCCAAGCUAACAGAGAAGCACGAAAGAGUCAGUCCGGGCCUUUUCAGCAGUUUUUCAGUGACUGACCCAGCACCAGCUAGUCUAGAGUCAAUACUGAGACAUUACUGUGUGCAUAUCCAAUCAUUUAUCAUGUGUUUGUUAACCACUAAUAAGGAAGGACUUACAGAUUCUGCGUUCGUAAGGGCUUUGCAUGGGGACUCGCAGAGAUCGUCAGUAGAAAGAACGUACGAUAAAAGGUAUGGACAUGGAACAGAACUGUAUACAUUUAUAUAUACAUACAUAUAUAUAUAUAAAUACAAAUACUGUUUGUACUUCCGGUCCUAGUCAAUAGCUUUAGACGUUCUUAUGAUGUUCACGCUCUUCUUUUGGUGCCUCUACGGAAAUGCUCCAUUUCAACGACGAAGUGGUUUUGUGGGUUAAAAAGCACAAUCAAGUAAAAGUUGCGUUUCGUUCUGUUCAUUCAUUUGGUUGGUGAUGACUAUCACAUAUCAGUUUAUUUCCAUGGAUUAUAUUGCGAAGAUGAUUGUAAAUAAGCUCUUUUAGCCACAGUAAAUGGACAAGUCCGUUCUGGUUGGCAGUUGUGUUAUUGUAGUUUGAUUUUUAGAGAUUCAAGACUUCAGAACUAUAGACAACCCACUAACCCAGUGUUGGACCAUUUAAAGUAAUAUGAUACUGUAUGUGUGUCCUUUCAAAUGUGUUUGUAGAAUGGGAACCGGGCGAAUGUUGUUGGGGAAAAAAAGACAACUGUUGAUAUCUGGCUGUAGACUGUGUUGCAGUGACUCACAAGACAAAUGAGUAUAUUAUGCUUGUUGUAGUAGCUUCAAAUAAACCUUCCUUAUUUUUCUAAACAUAAAAAUGAAUGUGAAAAAAGUUAAUGUGCCUCAAAAGAAAAAACUUAAAUAUAUAUGAUAGAGCUCCGGUCUAAUUGUCCAUGAUAUAAAAAAACAGCUUAAUUCAGAGAAUAAGAUAAACCAUUUAAGAAAAAAAGAAAUGGAAAAGCUGUGCCAAUUUAAUAAAGAGUUGGUUCACCCCAAAAUACAAUAAGCUACAGUAUAUGUUGAACAUCACGAAAACAACUCUCAUCUGCUUUAAGAGAAAUGAUGAACUGAUGCCAGUUUCCAUGGAUUAUUUUAA